AUGACGCGCUCCCUCUCUCCCUCCUCGCCGACCGAGGCGCGCGAGUACGCACGCUCCGGCAGGCUGCGCGGAAACACGUCCGGCAUGUGUCCAGGGCACGUGCAGGCCAACCUCCUUAUCUUGCCGGCGAAGUACGCCGCCGACUUCCGCCGCCUGUGUGCGCGCAACCCGGUCUCGUGCCCGUUGUUGGCGGAGAGCCGGGCGACGGGCGAUAAGGGAUUUCCUGCAGGCGUCGCGGACGGCGCGGACAUCACCACCGAUAUCCCGGGGUACAAAGUCUACCGCGACGGAAAGUUCGUCGAAGAAGUGGAUGAUGUGGUGAACUAUUGGGGUGAGGACAGUGUCGCGUUUCUGAUCGGGUGCUCGUUCACAUUCGAGGACGCGCUGCAAGACGCGGGGCUCGGCGUGCGGCACAUCGACGAGGACCGCAACGUGCCGAUGUAUCGCACUAGUGUGCCGCUUAUGCCAAGCGGCGUGUUCUCGGGAAACACCGUUGUGUCCAUGCGCCCCUACCCCCCAGAACAGGUCGAGCGGGUGCGAACCAUCACCCGGCCGUACGUGCGCACGCACGGCGAGCCGAUCGCCUGGGGGUGGGAUGCGAUCGAAAAGUUGGGUAUCAACGACAUCAACAAGCCAGAGUACGGCGACGCACCCAUAAUCCGUGACGGCGAGGUACCUGUGUUCUGGGCGUGCGGCGUGACGCCCCAGCUCGUCGUGAUCAACUCGCACAUCGAGGGCGUAGUGAUCGGGCACGCGCCCGGCAAGAUGCUGUGCCUCGACUGGCGCAUCGAGGAUAUCCAAGAUGAGUAG